CACAACAAGGAAGUAGACAUGCUGUUUCCUGAAAGUCUCCAGAGUAUUUCAUUUUUAAGGCAACUCUUUUUAAUGCCGUUCUCUCAUUUUUAGUUUUCUGUCAGACACAUUCUUGACAGCGCUGGUGUAAAAAGAUCGCGGCGUUUUAAUAUUCAGGAGCAAAAUGGACGUUUCACCACAAUUUUUCUUUUUAAUGUUAUGUUUUCAGCUUGGACGGACAUCCUUACCGCUUGUCAUCAACACAUGGCCAUUUAAAAGUGCAACGGCCGCAGCAUGGGAUGCCCUGCAGUCCAGCGGCUUAGUGUUGGACGCAGUGGAGAAAGGCUGUGCCCGCUGUGAAAUAGAACAGUGCGAUGGCACUGUCGGCUUUGGCGGCAGCCCGGAUGAGACUGGAGAAACCACGCUGGACGCCUUGAUCAUGAACGGUAAUACGAUGGAGGUGGGUGCAGUGGCAGACCUGAGAAGAAUCAAAAAUGCUAUUGGAGUUGCCAGAGCUGUGAUGGAGCGCACUGAACAUACAAUGCUAGUGGGAGAGUCAGCCUCUGUGUUCGCUGAGAACAUGGGCUUUGUUGCAGAAGACCUUACUACCAACAAAUCUUUGAAUGUUUUCACUCAGUGGCUCAAGGGCAACUGCCAACCUAAUUAUCGAAAGAACGUCAAUCCAGAUCCUCUGAAGUCGUGUGGACCCUACGGGCCAGUGGCAAUGCAAACACAGUGUAAUGGAGUCCGGCAUGUUAACAUACACUCCCAUGAUACCAUAGGGUUGAUUGCCAUUGAUAAAGAUGGUCACAUGGCAGCUGGAACGUCGACCAACGGACUGACUCACAAAGUUCCAGGCCGCGUGGGGGACUCCCCCAUCAUCGGAGCAGGAGCCUACGCAGACAGUUCAGCCGGUGCCGCCGCCGCAACUGGAGACGGAGACAUCAUGAUGCGCUUUCUACCGAGCUACUUGGCCGUAGAGCUGAUGAGGAACGGGGCUGAUCCCUCAGUAGCCUGCAAGUCGGCCAUUUCCAGAAUCAAGAGGCAUUACUCAGACUUCUUUGGAGCUAUAAUCUGUGCUAACACAACAGGCCAUUAUGGUGCAGCAUGUAACAAGGCCCCCAGCCUCACAGAGUUCCACUUCAUGGUGCAAAACUCCGAGUCAGACUCACCAGUCCUGAAAUCUGUCACCUGCUUUUAAGCGUCUUGUUCAGUCGUUUAGGUUUUUUAUGGUUUACUCAUCUCCAGGAUGGGUUUUUAUUCUGAUUAUUUUAUGUAAAUCAAAAUUAAAAAAUGAUGUACUGAAUAAAUGAAACAUAUUUUUUUUUUAUUCAACACAAUGUGGUCAAUGUGGGAUUAUUACAACAUACCUGAUUAAAUAUGCAGUUUAAUAGUAAACAAAUAUUUGUUAUUUCCUUUUUAAAAAUAUGCAAGAUUUGGGUUUUUAUUUUUAAGUCAAACAAGUGCAUCUUUUUAGAAUCAUUAAAAGUGUUCAUAUCAAAAGUUAAACAUUAGACAGUUAUACAUUACAUGUUUCCCUCAGUUAAUUUUAAUUAUAUCUAUUGAAUUGAAAAUGACAGCUGUGCAGCAAAUGGACACAGACAUCAAGAAAAUGAUGUUGCUGAAGGUGUUGGCUAUUAAUUAACACAGUGCUGCAUUCAAGCAUAUGAUUGGAAAGUUUGGUGGAAGGAAAAAGUGUGGUAGUGGAAUGGUGUAAAAUCAACAGGGAUGGUCGCAGGACAGGGAAGUUUUUAGGAGUUCGGAAGAGAUGCAUAAAGCCUGUUGUGUUACUUGAGACCUAUCCUGUACAUGAGCUACAACUGUUAUAGGCCGCUUCUGUAUCAGAGACAUCAGUGACCCCUAAAAGCCUAGACUGGUACUCAAAAGUCUUCUUUUUAAAAUAAAGUCAAUUUAGCAAAUUAUUUGAUGCCAAGCUUGCAGAGUUUGGAGGGAGAGUGGAGAGACUGUUCUAAUGCAACUGUCCACAAGGCGGUUUUACAGCAUCCAGGGUUGCAGAACAUGGUCAUUACAUUUCUCUAUACCAGUUUUUGUGAGUAUUUUCUUUAAUCUCUAAGGAGCAACAUUCUGUUAUUUAAAAAAUCUGAAUGUUUUAAGCUUUACUGUAAAAAAAAAAAAAA